UUAGUCAUUGGGUUUCCCCGAAGUCCGAGGAGAAGCAGCAGUCGAGACUCGAUACUUUUGGUUAGGGUUUUCCGUGCUGAACAAAACCCUGUAAGGCAAAGGGGGAAAAAUCCGCCAACACGUCCGAAAAUAACGAAAAAGCUUCUCCAGCCAGACGAAGGACAAAGCUAAGAGGAAGGAGGAGAAGAAAAAAAAAAAAAGGUGUCUGUGGCAACAAGUGAAUUGGCAGAAGGUGGGAAAAGGGAACAUGCACUCUGAUUGCUUAGCUUAUUUAUUUCACUACUGAAGUUCACAAACAGUUUUAGCAUGGAUAAUUCUGAGAAUUCAAAUACGGACCGUGCUGAAGAAAUUAAACUUCUUGCCAAUGAGGCAUUUAAAGCCCACAAGUUCUCCCAUGCUGUGGAGUUGUACACUCAAGCUAUUGAGCUGAAUCCCGACAAUGCGGUUUAUUGGGCAAAUCGUGCAUUUGCACAUUCUAAGCUGGAGGAAUAUGGAAGUGCAAUACAGGAUGCAACUAAGGCUAUUGAAAUUGAUCCUGGAUAUUCCAAGGGCUACUACAGAAGGGGGGCAGCAUAUCUUUCAAUGGGGAAAUUUAAGGAAGCAUUAAAGGAUUUUCAACAGGUUAAAAGGAUUCGUCCAAAUGAUCCUGAUGCUACAAAGAAGUUGAAAGAAUGUGAAAAAGCUGUGAUGAAGCUUAAAUUUGAAGAAGCAAUUGCUGUGCAGGAUCAUGAAAGGCGUUCUGUAGCUGAAUCAAUUGAUUAUCAUUCCAUUGUUGUGGGAUCUGAAUACACAGGUGCUAGGAUUGAAGGAGAUGUUGUAACCUUAGACUUCAUAAAGAAAAUGAUGGAUGACUUUAAGAACCAGAAGUCCUUACACAAAAGGUAUGCCUUUCAAAUUGUCUUACAAGCAAGGGAAAUGCUAAGAGCUUUGCCUACUUUGGUUGAUAUCACUGUUCCUGAUGGUCAUCAUUUUACCGUUUGUGGUGACGUUCAUGGCCAGUUUUACGAUCUAUUGAAUAUAUUUGAGCUGAAUGGCCUUCCCUCAGAUGAGAACCCAUACCUCUUUAAUGGUGAUUUUGUGGAUCGUGGAUCUUUCUCUGUGGAAAUCAUUCUAACAUUAUUUGCAUUCAAAUGCAUGUCUCCAUCAGCUAUUCAUCUUGCCAGAGGGAACCAUGAGAGCAAGAGCAUGAACAAGAUCUAUGGAUUUGAGGGUGAAGUAAAGUCAAAAUUAAGUGACACGUUUGUGGAGUUGUUUGCAGAAGCAUUUUGUUGCUUGCCUCUGGCACAUGUAAUAAAUGAAAAGAUCUUUGUUGUCCAUGGAGGACUUUUUAGUGUUGAUGGAGUAAAGCUCUCAGAUAUUAGAGCAAUUGACAGGUUUUGUGAGCCUCCUGAAGAAGGCUUGAUGUGUGAAUUGCUCUGGAGUGAUCCACAACCUAAUCUGGGGCGUGGGCCUAGUAAGCGUGGUGUAGGUCUUUCUUUUGGGGCUGAUGUAACAAAGAGAUUUUUGCAAGAAAAUGGACUAGAGCUAGUUGUUCGAUCACAUGAAGUAAAGGAUGAGGGUUAUGAAAUAGAACAUGAUAGCAAGCUUAUUACUGUAUUUUCUGCUCCAAAUUAUUGUGACCAGAUGGGUAACAAGGGAGCGUUCUUAAAGUUCAAAGCUCCAGAAAUGAAGCCUGAGGCCAUUUCAUUCUCAGCAGUGCCUCACCCUGAUGUCAAGCCAAUGGCCUAUGCGAAUAAUUUCCUCAGAAUGUUCUCUUGAUCUGCUUAUUACCACACUCCAACUGUGUAAUUCAGAUGGGUACUGGGAAGCUUCUCCUCCAAAAGGGAAAGGCCUCGUAAACUGUACCUUGGACCCGUUGGUUGAUCCCCGAUCCCCAAAACUCAGCUUGUCAAGUUCCCACUGAUCUGAAGGGGUUGCUCUGCCAAAAGAACCGUGCGGCAUCAUUAUUUUGCCAGGAGGGAGAAACCUGCUUGUAUAAGACAACUGUGAAUAUGUGCAGUGUUGAAGUUCUCACAGAAAUGAUUAUGAUCUCAUUUUGCAGGGUGAUACCUUUAGCUGGAUAUAAGCAAAGUGGUUUAGUUAUUUGGACGGAUGGGAUUUUGCAUUAUUUUAGGGCAUUGUCACAACUUGAACGAAAUUUUCCUUCUAAGAUUUUGUAAUUCUUUUCAGACGACAGUUGACGGGUUCUGUUUUAUCUGAUGUGUGAGAGUUGAAUAAUUAGUUCAACACAUGUAGCUUUUCAUCAAUGAAGGGCAUAAAGGGAAGCCCGCUUUCCAGGA